UUGGGCAAAUGCUCACAAAUCGGGCCGCCGGCGCCAACCGUACCGCCCCGUCCGAAAUAUCAACGGCUGAAGCCGAGAGAUAUCCACUGGCCACUGGCCAGAGGCCACUGCCAAUCUCCUCGCCGAGCUCCACGCCAUGAUCAUCACCACCGCCGCCUUCCCGUCCGUGUCCUCCUUCCACCGCCCGCGCCUCAGGCCCUGCCCGCGCCGCGCCGUCCUCCACCUCGUCCGGUCGGCCGCCUCCUCCUCCUCCUCCUCGUGGGAGGAGCGCGAGGAAACGCGGUGGCUCCGCGAGGAGCAGCGCUGGCUGCGGGAGGAGCAGCGGUGGCUCCGCGAGGAGUCGCGCUGGCGUGCCGAGCGCGAGGCCCUCCUCUCCGAGAUCACGGCGCUCCGUCUGCGCCUCCGCGCGCUCGAGCCUGCUGCCGCGCCCGUGCCUCCUCCCGCACCGGCGGCUGCGCGCGUCGCUCCGCCUCCGCCUCCCCCCGCACCGGUUGCGCGCGUUGCUCCGCCUCCGCCUCCGCCCGCGCCUGCGGCACGCGUGGCGCCACCUCCGCCGCCCGUGCCGGAGCCGGUGGAGGAGGUCGAGGUGAGGAAGGAGGUGGUGGUGGUCGAGGAGAAGGCCAAGGCGAAGCCGAAACCGAAGGCUGGGGCCGGCAGCGGCAAGAAGCGGGCGCUGAGGGUAGGGAGCGAAGGAGAGGAAGUGCGGGCGAUGCAGGAAGCCUUGGAAAAGCUCGGUUUCUACUCGGGCGAAGAGGACACGGAGUUCUCCAGCUUCUCAACCGGCACCGAACGAGCCGUCAAGACAUGGCAGGCAUCGAUAGGUACUACAGAGGAUGGGCUGAUGACAUCGGAGCUACUCGAGAUGCUAUUCACAGGACGGACCGAGGACGAUCUCAAAAAGGAAGGCGUAAACGGAGCACUUGUUCCUCCUAUAACAGAAACCGCAGAGGUUCAGCAACCUGUGGUGGAAAAAAUUGACUACAACAAACACAGAGUGUACCUUCUCGGCGAGAACCGGUGGGAAGAUCCAUCCAGGCUAACCAAGAAGGAUAAGCCGAUCAGCGGUUCUACUGCCGCGUCGACAAAGCAGUGCAUCACCUGCCGAGGCGAAGGCCGCCUCCUGUGCCUAGAAUGUGAUGGAACAGGUGAGCCCAACAUUGAACCACAGUUCUUGGAGUGGGUUGGCGAAGACACAAAGUGCCCAUACUGUGAAGGCCUUGGCUACACUAUAUGUGAUGUUUGUCAAGGGAUUAAAACAGUGCACAGUUAAAGCAAAGGACUUAUGAGCAACAUUCAGCCUUAGUUGAACAUCUAUAGCAGCUUAUAUAGAUGUUAACUAACUAUUCCACUUUUGUUGCGGUAUUUUUGAAAUAUAUAAUCACAUUGUCAUCCUACACCACAGAAAACAGAUGCAUAGAGGCUAGGUAAUACUCCUACUUACUAUGUACAAUAGAAGAUGGGGAAAAUAACGAAGGAAGCGGUUGCUUUGUCAAUCAAGCUUGUAAAAUUGGCAUGCAUUCAAAUAUUUUCACCAUUCAUAAUAUUUACAGGAAAACGUAUUUAUAUCUGUCAGUGAGUAUGUGAUCUUCUGCAAGACUAUGGUGGACUAUGGUGGACUGCAGUUUACACGGGAAGCAUGCAUUAAACAUACUAGCUGCUAUGCUUGUACAGGUCAGCAAGUUGCUAGCACGAGGGAUUGAGAGUGAACGUAGUUCUACCUUGUCGAAUUGAAUUUUUGAAAUGUGGCACUUGGCAAACCUGUAAUCCUUCCUUCUCCUUUGCUGCUGGCAGAAGGAUGAACAAUGCCUGCAAAGUAUGACCAACAAUGAGAAAGCUACUGAGAACAGAUGCUGAUUUCCUGAUGACAAUUCCAGUAACAGGAGAUAAAACAUACAACAUAUCGAUGGAGUUAACCAAGAUAUUACUGCUAAAGAAAAACGCUGGCUGCUUCUCACAAAUGUUCUUUUGAAUUUCCUUUUUGAAAUAGUACAUUGUUUGACUAUACUAGGUAAAAAUGUAUAAUCCGUCUGACAUUAAAGAAGAGAAGGAACAGAAUUUGGGA